AUGGUCCAAAUAUUCAAAAACAUCAAGAAAAGUCAAGAGGACAAAAGAGAUUACCGAGGCCUAAUUUUGGACAAUGAUCUACGGGUAUUACUCAUCAGCGACCCAGAAACUGACAAGGCAGCAGCUGCGCUCUCAGUUAACGUUGGUCAAUUGAGCGAUCCCAAUGGACUCGAUGGCUUGGCUCACUUUCUGGAGCACAUGCUGUUCCUUGGAACGAAAAAGUACCCACGCGAGAACGAGUAUACCAAGUUCUUGUCAGAGCAUGGCGGCAAUUCAAAUGCACACACCUCCAUGGAAAACACGACCUUCUACUUUGACGUCACCCAUCAACACUUGGACAACGCAUUAGACAUUUUUUCUCAGUUCUUUUUGGCCCCUCUCUUCACCGAGGACGCGACAGACCGAGAAGUAAAAGCCGUCAAUUCAGAGUAUGAAACAAAUAUGGACAGUGACGGGUGGCGAUUACACCAGCUGGAGAGGAGCACCAUCAGCAAGGAUCAUCCCUUCAGUAAAUUUGGCAUUGGCAACAAGCAAACGUUGGUCGACGAUCCCAAGGAAAAUGGAAUCAAUGUCAGGGAGGAGCUGCUCAAGUUCCACAGCACUUACUACUCGUCCAACAUCAUGUCGCUCGUGAUCCUCGGCAAAGACUCUUUAGACGAACUGCAAGAGAAAGCCAAGAAUUUGUUUGGAACAAUUGAGAACAAAAAAGUCGCUCUGCCCAAGUGGCCUGGAAAUCCUUAUGGCGAAGAGCAGCUGAAAAAGAAAAUAUUUGUCGUCCCAGUAAUGGACUCGCGAUCGCUUAAAAUCUCGUUUCCCAUUCCUGACAUGAGGCAGCACUACAAAUCGGAUCCAUUUGAGUACUUGGGCCACCUGAUUGGUCACGAAAGCAGCGGCAGCUUGCUUUCUGCUCUGAAAAAGCGUGGCUGGUCGAGCCAACUGCAAACUGGAUGCGAACUACCGGCCAGGGGCAUUUCAGUUUGCGAUGUGGACGUUGAUCUGACUGAAAAGGGUGUCGAGAACGUUGACAACAUCGUUGAUCUCAUCUUCCAGUAUUUCAAUCUGCUUCGGCAAGAAGAUCCAAAGGAAUGGAUUUUCAAAGAAUAUGUGGAAAUCACUAACAUCAGUUUCCGGUUCAAAGACAAAGAAUCGCCCAUGGAAUACGUUGCCAACCUGGUUGGUGAGCUGCUGAAAUACCCAAUAGACGAUGUGCUGACUGGUGGAUAUGUAUUGUCUGAGUGGAAACCCGAGCUAAUUCAUCAAGCGAUGGAAAAGCUCACUCCAGAUAACUGCAGGAUUAGAAUCGUAUCGAAGAAGUUUCAAACAAUUGCUGACCAGACUGAGAAAUGGUACGGAACCAAGUACAAAAUCGAAGACAUUCCAGAGCUGAUUGAAAAGUGGAAGAAUGCAAAGCCGAUUGAAGAGCUGAAGCUGCCCAAAAAGAACGGGUUCAUUCCAAGCAGCUUUGAUAUUUUGCCAAAUGAUGAUAAUCCCACAAAGUAUCCUGCAAUCAUUCACGAGACGCACUUUGCUCGGGUGUGGCACAAGAAGGAUGACGAGUUUCUUCUUCCAAAAUCAAACCUGAUCAUUGAACUGACUAGUCCGUUUGUGUUUUUCAACCCGAUCAGAGAAAUGUAUUUGCAUAUUUAUGUGCAUCUGGUUCAUGACGCCCUGACUGAAUAUUCGUACGACGCCUCCCUGGCUUCUCUCCAGUUUAGUGUUGUGACCUCCAAAUAUGGCUUGGUUAUGAAAAUCAAGGGAUUGCACGACAAACAACACAUCCUGCUAACCAAAGUGCUCGACACGCUGAUCAAUUUGGAGGUCGACGAGGAACGCUAUGAGAUUUUCAAGGAAAAUUAUGUAAGGGAUCUGAUGAAUUUUGGAGAAGAACAACCAUACACGCAAGCAAGACGUUACCAAGCGGCGUGUUUGCUGGAAAAAGCGUUGUUUAAAACUGAACAGCUGGAAUAUACAAAAUAUCUGACCUUCGAUGGCCUUAAGAAUUUCACCAAGAAGUUCUUCUCCAUGACGCACGUCGAGUGCCUGUUCCACGGAAACGUGAACAAAGCAGCAGCCCAGAAACUGAUCGAACUGAUCGAGAGCAAACUGGCCAAGAAUGUGAAUCCUUUGUUGCCGCCGCAAUUGCAGCGUUACCGAGACAUGAAACUGAAGGAUGGGAGCAACUAUGUUUACGAAGUAACAAAUGAAACGCACAAAACCUCCUGCGUCGAAUUUCACCUGCAGUGUCCGCCGAGAAGCAAAGAGAGCAACAUGCUGCUUGAGUUUUUCGUCCAAAUCGCCAGCGAACCGUGCUUCAACGAGCUCAGGACCAAAGAGCAGAUCGGCUACAUUGUGCAAUUGGCCCUUGAUCGCAAGGUGUCGGGUCAAGGCGUGAGAAUCACGGUGCAGUCGUACAAGCAUCCAAUCUAUUUGGACCACAAAAUUGAGGAGUUCCUGCUAAACAUGAAGUCAUACCUCGAGGAAAUGAGUGACGAGGAGUUUGAACGGCACAAAGAAUCCCUGGCUGUACUGCGGCUGGAGAAGCCCAAGAAGAUGAAAAACCUAACGAGUCGAUACUGGGCCGAAAUUUCCGACCAAACGUACUGCUUUGACCGGAACAAUAUCGAGGUCGACUUUCUCAAGACCAUUACCAAGGAUGAUAUGAUUAAGUUUUACAAUGAGCACAUCCACCCCGAGGGUGCCAAAAGGCGGAAGCUAGCGGUCCAUGUGUUGUCGAUCGCGGAAGGAGGCGCUGGAUCUGCUGGCGCUGAGAUUGACAAGUUUGAGCCGUUGUCGAUCGUCCGCAAGCCAACGCGUAUCGAUGACAUCUGCAGCUUCAAGAGUGGUCUGUCGACCUUACCGCUGCUCAAACCUUUUGCUCAUCACAGGCCGCAAGGUUCUAAAGCCAAACUUGUUACAUUAGCAACGUCGGUCAUAUGA